GGUUGUCGUUUGAACUUUGAACUUAAGAGUUACAAUGGCUGCUGCUGCAACAUUUGGUGCCACAAACACUACCACCGCUACUGCCGCCAACAAAGAGUACGAUUAUUAUCGUUCCUUCAAUCAUGAGAAGAGCUCAUGCUCAUUGCUCACACCACCUAGACAUCAUCACAACUCUCCUCUUCGUAGUCGUUUAUUUCCUCAUCGUAAAUUAACACCUAUGACAACUUCUUCAUUGGCCAUCCCAGGCUUUUGGCCUAAUGUUGGAGUGGGUGUGAGCAGUGAAGAUGAUCUUUCUCGGACCCGAUCUUUGUCGUUCGCAUGCACAACAGCUGUUCGACAUUUGACGGGAUCUCUUACUGCAACUGAGGGCCUUCGCUUUGCUGUGGUUGUGGCACGGUUUAAUGAGAUUGUGACGAAGCUGCUUUUGGAGGGAGCUUUGGACACGUUCAAGAGAUAUUCAGUUGAAGAAGACAUUGAUGUAGUGUGGGUUCCUGGUAGUUUUGAAAUUGGUGUCGUUGCAGAAAAGCUUGGAAAGUCUCACAAAUAUCAAGCCAUAUUGUGCAUUGAAACUGUGGCACUUGAGAAGUCUCAGCUAGGGGAUUUUGUUUGCCGGAAAGAGAAAAAGCUAGAUACACCAGUGAUUGAGCAGUUGCUCUUUGAAAUUCUAGAUGUACUCUUCAUUAUGUUGGGACCUAGUAGCAUUAGCAAUGAUUAA